GCAGCAAGGUGUCCACUGUGCUUUAUGGCACGGGAUGCACUUCUCCAAGAGGACAACACCCCAGCCAGACCCUGAACUACCACCCCAGUCUGGGAGUCUUUGAGGGCUACCUGCUACCUUCGUUAUCCCCCAGCCUGCUUGCCGAGGAGUUCAUUCUGAGGUAGACAUUGUGUUUCUGGUUUCUGUGGGAGCCAUGGCAGCAGUACCUGAACUGGCCAGUGAACAGAUGGAGUACUACAGUGAUGAGAAUGACCUGCUCUUUGAGGUCGAUGGCCCCAGACAGAUGAAGUGCUGCUUCCAAGACGUGGACCUUGCCUGUCUGGGCGACGAGGGAAUCCAGCUGCAAAUCUCCCACCAGCUCUACAACAAGAGUUUCCGGCAGGUGGUGUCCGUCAUCGUGGCUGUGGAGAAGAUGCGGAAGAUGCCAAUUCCCUGCUCACAGGUCUUCCAGGAUGAUGACCUGAGGAGCCUCUUUUCCUUCAUCUUUCAAGAAGAGCCUGUCUUCUGUACAUGGGAUGAUGAUUAUGUGUGUGAUGCGCCCCCGCAAUUCCUGAACUGCAGACUCCGGGAUAUAGACCAAAAGUGCCUAGUGCUGUCUGGCUCGUAUGAGCUGCAGGCGCUCCACCUCAAUGGACAGGAUGUGAACCGACAAGUGGUGUUCUGCAUGAGUUUUGUGCAAGCAGACGAAAAUAACGACAAGAUACCUGUGGCCUUAGGUCUCAAGGAGAAGAAUCUGUACCUCUCCUGUGUGAUGAAAGACAGCAAGCCUACCCUGCAGCUGGAGAUGGUGGACCCCAAGAAGUACCCAAAGAGGAAGAUGGAAAAGCGCUUUGUCUUCCACAAGACUGAAAUCAAAGACAAGGUGGAAUUUGAGUCAGCCCAGUACCCCCACUGGUAUAUCAGCACCUCCCAAGCAGAAGAAAUGCCUGUCUUCCUAGGAAGCACCAGAGGCGGCCAGGAUAUAACUGACUUCACCAUGGAAAUCUCUCCCUAAAGAGGGAGGUCCCCAUAGAGUCAACGUGCGCUGAAUCACCCCAGAGAUGGCCGAAGGGCGGUGGAAGGUUUUGAACAAGGCUGCAGGGCCGAACUUCACUGUAGUCUAGUCAUGACCCUCCGCCUUCCCUGUAUUAGUGCUACCGAGACCUGCCCAGCCCAGAGGAGCCGCCCCCUCCUCCCAGAGCCGAUCCUCAGGCCCCCCCUGCGGAGCCGGGUCCCUCUUACCCCUCCCACUCCCUCAAAGCCAGCCUGGUGGAAUCCUUGGUUCAAAGAAGCCUUCUGUUGUUUGUGCUCAGCCUCUGAUGAGCAACCACUUACCUAUUUAUUUAUUUAUUUAUUUGAUGGGUUAGUCUAUUUAAUUUAAUUCAAGGCAGCCAAGAAGAAGCAGGUACCUGUGAAGGAACCCAGCCUUCAGGUGCUGUGGAACCAGUCGCUGUGGACUCCUGGGCCAUCUUUCCAUCAAGCUCCUUCACCACGGCUGAAAGUCUAUGUGCUCAGAGGGCUUGAACAGGAGUAUUUGUGAGUGAAGAAGUACGAUCACACUGCUUCAAUGAUUCUGAAAUAAACUUUACUGAAAAAAAAUUGUUUUUCUAGUGAUAAUUGGCUUUUCUUGGAUCUAAUUCAGAAUAGUAAAGUUACAUGGGGCUGUGAGAGCUCUCCUUUGGGAGCUAGAGGGCAGCCCCUGUCCUCACCACGGAGUUCUGCAGAGUUUCUAGAACAUUGCAACCAGCAGAGAUGAGCUGCCUGCUCCUCCCCUUCAUUUCUGCUUCUCAACAAGAGGAUAUUUGGUGCACGAGGUUC